UCUCACCUCACUUGCUAUCCAAUCCUAUUAGUUCCCCAACCCUUUGGGACUUGAAUUAUAGGGCAACAAAAAUGUUUUCUCUCAACAAUUUCAUGCCGGAAACGGCGUCGUCUAUGUUCUCAGCCUAUGCCUCCUUUGCAACCUUCAUGAUGAUCUUCCGUUCCAUGGCCAACGACUUCAUCCCGGACCCUCUCCGCACCUAUAUUUCCUCCUCCCUCAGUUACCUUUUUAGCCCUCUCUCCGGCCUCUUCUCUUUUUACCUCACUCUCGCCUUCUACGAGUACUCCGACAUGUCCCGCAACCAAGUCUACGAUGCCGCCGCGGUCUACCUCGAGAAAAAGAUCGGCCCCGCCACGCAGCGUCUCCGCAUCAGCAAAACGCCCCGGAAGAAGUCCAUGGGCGUCGCCAUCGACAGAGACGAGGAAGUCAUCGACACGUUCGACAACAUCAAGCUCAAGUGGCUGCUAGUCACCGAAACAAAGACCGGGAACAACAACAGGCUGCGCUACUUUGAGCUGUCGUUCCGCAAGAAACACAAGGAAAGAGUGAUGGGCAGCUACUUGCCCCACGUGCUUGCCCAGGCAACCGCCAUGAAGCAAGAAGAAAAGGUUCUCAAGAUUUAUAAACGUCAUAUCUUGUCAUGGGAGGACGUCGUUGAGGAUGGCAACACUGAAUGGGGAUCCAUAAACAUGGAGCACCGGGCUACGUUUGAGACAAUGGCGCUGGAGCCAGAUCUCAAGAAAACCAUUGUAGAGGAUUUGGAGAGGUUUGUGAGUAGGAGGGAGUUUUACAAGAAGGUGGGCAAGGCUUGGAAAAGAGGCUACUUGUUGUAUGGCCCGGCCGGCACCGAAAAAUCCAGCCUGAUUGCGGCCAUGGCUAAUUUUCUCAAGUUUGAUGUGUUUGAUUUGGAGCUUGCUAGCAUUCGCAGCGACUCUCAUUUGAAGAGGGUUUUGUUGUCUACCACAAACCGUUCCAUUUUGGUCAUUGAGGACAUUGACUGCUGUAAGGUGGAUGUUCAAAAACGGGAAACGGAGAAGAAGUCGAAACCUAAUACUAAGACCGGGGUGACGCUCUCGGGCUUGUUGAACUUCAUUGAUGGUUUGUGGUCAAGCUGCGGUGAUGAGAGAAUAAUUGUCUUCACCACCAACCGCAAGGAGAAGCUUGACCCUGCAUUGCUACGUCCUGGCCGAAUGGACCUCCACAUCCACUUGUCGUAUUGCACGACAAGUGGGUUCAGGAUCUUAGCCUCUAACUACCUCGGAAUUCGUGACGACAACCGCCCUCGCCUCUGUGGUGAAGUGGAAGGGUUGAUAAAGAGCACAGAGGGGACACCUGCAGAGGUUGCGGAGGAGCUCAUGAAGAGUGAUGAUGCUGAUGUUGCUCUUCAGGGACUUGUCAAUUUCAUCAUCAAGAAGAAGAUUGAGACUGAGAGGUACAUGAACAAAUUGAAAACCAAGAAGAAACGACGUCGUAGAAGACGGAUCAGAAACUUGUUCAACUUCCAUCUUUCGUGAUUUUGAUUUUCCCACAUAUGACUUUGUGUGUAUGCGGUUGGGACUUUGCUUAUUUGUUUAACAAAAAUUUGUUA